AUGGCUUCGGGAGCCUCGGGACGCGCGGCGGCGGCUGCGGCCUCGGCAGCGCUUGCCGCGGCGCCUGGUAGCUGGGGAAGCCGGUGUCGACCUGUCUCGUUCCUGGCGCGAAGCAUUUGCCUCCUCACAGGCUUCGGCUUCAGCUACUCGUUCGCGAAUCCCGACGACGACACCGUCUACGAAAUGUUUCCGCUGGAGACUCAAAACAAAUUCGCACUCGUCAGUCUCUUCAGCGUCGACAAGGACAAGAUGCGCGAGUUCGAAAGCCGCGCCAAGGACUGCUGUCGAUUCAACCAACAGCAACAAGGGUAUCUGUUCACUCGUCUCUUGCGCGCCAAGGACCCGGCGACGGCGCCUUUCCAGUUUCUGCAAAUCACUACCUGGCUGACUAUGGACGACUUCCUCCUGGCGAGAGACAAGCCGACAGGCGAGAAACUGAGAAACGCGCUGCCCGUACGCAAAGCCGCUCUUCCUGUCCUCUAUCAGAACGUCGCCGACGACACAAAGUACACCCCAGCCGCCGCGAACGCGCUUCCCAAAGUGUGA